AUGUACGCGGGAAGUUUUUCAGCGAUGAUUGUGUUGCAAGAUUUUGCGCUGCGUGUCCCACUAGAAUGGUUGGUGACGAUUUUAGUACUGACUAGCAUGAUGUUGCAGCUUGUUCUGGUUGUUCUGGGUGCACGCAGAUAUCUUACUUUAAGUGGCCUUUUGCGUUUUAUGGUUUGGGGAGCCUACAUUUCUGCGGAUGCCGUGGCCAUUUCUGCACUUGGGACCAUGAUGCACAGCGAUCGGAGGGAGAUGUAUGAAAUAUGGGCUCCAUUCUUACUCAUGCAUUUGGGAGGACCAGAUGCUAUAACUGCCUAUUCCAUGGCUGACAAUGAGCUUUGGUUGAGACAUGGAUUCAAUAUGGUUUAUCAAGUCUGCAUGGCAGUGUGUGUCAUGUAUGCAUCAUCACUGAAAGGCUACCCAUUAGCUACUGCUAUUCUUUUGCUGCUUGUAAGAUUUAUUAAGUAUGCAGAAAGAACCCUUGCUUUGAGGUAUGGUAAUUAUCUUCGAAUUGCCAUAUCGAAUCUGUCAACAUUCUAAAUAUAUGGAGAUAAAAGGU